UGCAAGAUGGCGGACAGAAACUGAAUUCACUCUUCUCGGCAUCAAAUAUGCAGUGCAUUUUCCUGUAGUAUGCUGAGAAUAGACUUCGGCCAAAGCCUAUUGGACCAUAGUGGGGUCUUAAUACUUGUUCAACCUGUGGGUUACAUCGGUGAUAAACGAUUCAAAGCAAUUUUCGACGAAAUUUCCACCUAUCGUACUGCACAGGUACCUAACACAACUAGGACGCUAAACCUUCGUUACUCGAAAAGGGUUAGUCCUCAAUUUAUUGAAUGGGGAAAUUUUCAUUUUCACAAACGAGUCUUAGGGCUUAUUUGUGUUGGACGGUGCACCGAGAUUUCAGAAGUGGAAAAGUUGGAAAAAGCGAUCAAUGAAAUUAAAAAUCCUUUCAGUGCUAUACUUCUAAACACGAGAUGUUUUGUCUUUGGCUGCAAGUCCAACGACGAAUCAAAGAUCAGGAAAGAUUUUGCUCUUAUCAGAGGCGAAGAUCAUUCCGAAGAUCUUCAAAGUAACCUCGCAGAAUUUGUAGCCUCGUUGUUUAACGUACUGGAAUCGAAGAGGAUCAGUAAACUGUCAGAGAAGAUUGAUAAAAUAACCCUGAUUCAGGCACCGGUAGAGCAUGAAGUUUUCGGAGGAGAGAAUGAUAGUAGGACAAGCAAAAGAAAAGCUAUCGGGAGAUCAAAAAAGUACACUGGAGAUUUGUGUAUGUUGGCUGGUCUGCCUCAAGAAGCUCUCGCUCAAUACCUCAUUGCUGGAGAACAUUUAAGGGUGGUGAAUGAUCUUCUUUGGCUCGCUGGUGCAAUGGAGGGGCAAUGUGCAGCAUCUUUAGUAAUGACAAGAACUGCUACAGAAAAGGACAGAAAAUCAUUGAUUUUGCCAAUUGAGUGUGCUUCAAAUUCUGUGAAUUUGACAAUGAAUGGGCUAGGAGGUGAUGUAGAUGAGUCGAAGUUUAGGAAUCCACAAGCACUCAGUGAAGAUGAUAUUGUAGAGAGACUCUCUGAAGCACUGAAACUCUACAACAGAGUCAAAGGUGCUGCUGUUGUUGAAACAGAAGCUAAUCUUAAGUUCACAAGACUUUUGAUCAUUUAUAAGAGACGAAUUGAAGCAAGUGUGGCGUUGCAGAAUUCCCUUUCAGUAAAUGUUUUCUUGACAGAACAAGAAAAGAUCCAACGUUACAGUACCGCAGCGGUCUUAUAUGAUGAACUAGGAUUUAAACGCAAGGCUGGAUUUUUCGGUCGAAUUGCAGCCAUGCAGUGUGUUACACCGCAGUUACCACAUCCUCUGUGGCUCUAUUCUUACAAAUUUCUCAUGGGUGCACUUGAUGGGUACAGAAUUUCUCUCAAUGAAAAAGACGUUGCCACAGGUGUUACAAAUGGUUGGCCAGCACUUCAAACCAGGCUUCUUAAUGAGCUUAUUUUUACUGCUCGCCGCUUAGGAGAUCCUGCUCUUGCUUUUAGACAUAUUACAUUUUUGUUGCACACAAUGUAUGCCCAUUUGAGUGAUGAUGAGAGGAAAGAGUUAUGUGUAUUGUUAGAGAGUUCAGCUAAACAGUGCACCGGUUCGCCCAGAUCACCCAAGUCGCCUAAGGAAACGGACGGGCAGAGAAUUGAUGCCUUAGACAUGGCUUUGGUACCACUGACUAAAAUGCCUCUUGUUAGAUCGUUUAAAGUUAAUCCACUAGCUCCACACAUGAAGCCUGUUGGGAAUAAUUCAGCUGCAGCUUCCGGCCCGGAAUCAGCGGGGCCGUUUAUAUUCUCAUCACUCAGAGGAAAAGUCAAGCAAUCAAAGAAAUCCAUUAAUACAACUUGGGUUUGCGGGGACAUCGGUCAAGUCUCGCUGGAUGUCUACAAUCCAAUGCCAUGUGAACUGAGAGUCUCCCAAAUGGUUCUUUGUGUGGAAGGGGUAGAAUUCGAGCCGUACCCAACGUGUUUGUCUCUUCCUCCGAAGGCAGGCCCUCACGCAGUAAUGUUGCUCGGGAUACCAUCCUCUGCAGGACCAAUGAGAGUUACUGGUUACUCAGUGACAGUAUUCGGUGUUGAAAGCACCUGCAAGUUGACAAAAGAAAAUUUGGAGAAUAAAGACGAUUUUCCUGUGAUCGUGGAUGUGUGUCCCUCAAUGCCCCUUAUUCAGGUGUCCACAACUCUGCCCAAGGUCCGUUGUCAGCCGCCUGAUCCCGACACCGCCCAAUCUGCGCCUCUUGUCACUGCGGUUACUUUGUAUGCUGGACAAAGCAUGAAAGGGACCAUCACGCUGGAAAACAUUGGCAAGAUGCCAGUUGAGAGUCUGAACAUUUCUGUUACCAGCAAGGAUGGCGAAGGAGUCGAUGAACUCUUCAGUUUUGAUGAGGAAGAAAUCAAAUCCAAGCUCCCAGUCCCUCCCGGCCACUCCACCGACAUCACAGUUACAAUAACUGGCGCUCAUCGCCUCCCACAAGGCACUGAGAGCAGCGACAAUCCCAGUUACGACCCGGCGGCACCAUGGGGUUUGACCGGUUCCAUUCAGUUCCGUUACUCGACAGCUUCUAAUAAUCACAUGUCACGCAAGGUCACCAUGGCCAUAGACGUGACAGUUGUGCCCAGCUUGAUCUGCGAAAACUAUCAGAUUAUAGAGCUCCCCAGUGAUCGAUCUCAUUGUUUACUGAUGUUUGACGCUGUAAACAAGACUUCCAAUGACAUGGAACUGUCCUUCUGUGUGGGCAAUUGUAAUGAAUCUAAUUCUGUAGAAGGAGAGUUGACUGCGGAUGGUUCCAUGAAUAUUCAAGGAAAUGACAAAAAUAGGAUAACUAUGAAUUUGCCAAGAUUUGCUUUACCAGUGUCUAUUGACCAUAGCCAAGGGGUGGACACUGACUCCCAGAGACGCGCUGAAUACAAAAGAAGAGUCUGUGAAUUGGUUAGGAUUAGUUGGAAUCUUCCGGCAUGUAACGCUUCUGGCAGUGGUAAUGUCGAGAAUCUGAAACUGAACUCGAGUAUGAUGCAGGCGUUGAGACCAGAUCCAGUCUCAUUUGGUGUUAAGAUCAAUGGAGAGGAAUACGACAACGCCACUUCAAGUGGAAUCACAAUCUCACUGUGCUCGAUUGCGGAGCUCAAUGUUCAAGUGUUUAAUGAAAGUGAUGAACCUCAUGGGCCUCUAGUGUUGACCAUCGAACCUUACCAGGACCAGGCCUCGGGUUGUCCAGUGACUGAGCUGGAUGGAAAGGUGGCCUGGGUAGGAACUUUACAAGUACAUACUCCUGAGGUACUGCCCGGGAAGUCCUUCUGCCACUCGUGUUCGCUGAUGUUUUUGUAUGAGGGACAAUUCAAGCUCUCUAUUUCUUGUACUGAGACUGCAUCGCAACAAGCCGCACCUUCUCCACAGGGAACAGGGUCAAAGUCACCUGAAAGAACUUGCAAUUCUGAAAACACAGACACGAUUCUGAAAGGAGAAAUACAUAGUUUAAAGAGGUCAUGGACAUAUUCGCCAUCUGUUAGAGUACAUGUCGUUUGAUGGUAGCCAUUGAAGAUAAAUUAUUAGCAGUUUAUGUCUACAAAUUCCAAAGAGUUGUGCAGCUCAGUGGUUCCCUGCAAAAUAUCUUUAACAUCAUCCAUGAGCCAUUCCAAGUCAUGUCAAAAUCAAAAUCAACAUAACAUUGACUCAUAUUUGUUGUCAUUUGGAAUCCGCUGUGCGAUAACUGCGCUGGCUCAGUUACGGGAACCAGCGAGCAGGGACCUGUUUUGGACUUCUCGUAACAGUGUUCUAGGAAUUCCUGCGAAAUUGUGGUGAGAAUUGAGGCACGUGACCUGGCAGGUUUAACAAACAAAACGCAACAUGAUAUGGGUGAGGGACAACGCACGGGACGGCCUCAACAAGAAUGUUUUAAGUUAACUUCCGAGAUAAGAAGUAACGACACCACUUGCUGCGUUUCUUAUGUAUCCUUGCUGAUUCACGGGGAGGCUUAAGGGGUCCGGAAUCCCCUCACCCCUCACCCCCUCUCUCGUCAGACCUUUGAGCUCCUGUCUGCAUCAAAAUUCUCGCAACAACAGGAUCGCAUAUUACUUCCGCCAUAUAAAGUAUGCAAUAAGCAUAAAUAAGCACUUUUACUUGUUUCGCAAGAUUUCGUCGAUUAUUUAAACUAUAUCGUUAAAACAAAUUCUAUUUUUUUCUGAAUCAGAUUUGGAACAACUCCCCCCCCCCUUCCCCCCAUUAAAAAAAAUCGUUGGAUCUGGCUCUGGUUCAAAAAACGGCUUAUCGGCCUCUCACAUGCAAGCUGAAGUGUGUUUGCUUCAAUUCUUCUCUGGAGAUAAUUGUUUUUCCAAGAUCUCAGACUGGCAGAUCCACAUUAGCUAGACUCAUCACGUGUCACGAGUUCUGUUCGUUGCUUGGCAACAAACCAGUCCAAGCCCUCACGCGAUAACUCUUAAGUUUCCACAACCGAUUGUCUCUUCUAUCUACCAAACCAGACCCUGUGAAUAAGUUAAGUAAACCUGGUAAUAUAUCUUGAAAACACACCUCCAGUGGUUGACUUUUUCUAUUCUUAGCGCACUAAAAAGUGAAGUUGCAUCUUGAUCAUUUCUUGAAGAGGAAAUUGUGAAAUCCGUCAUCCCGCGGCUAAUACUUGUUUAAAAACCAAAUAAGGUAAAAAUGGCUUUGAGACUUUCCAAUCGUUGUUUGUUAAAAUCGUAGGGAGUCUACAAAUUAAUUGUAAGUUGUUUGUGGCCGGUGUAAAAAAUAAAAUUGCGUUUUAGUAAUUGUUCUAAAUGUGAAACGCACUUGAAAAUUCUUUGUACCUUUUAUCAUCAUCAAAGGUAUCAGAAAAUUAACUGUCACUGAAAUGGAAAUAAUUAGGUAAAACACGAAAUAAAUGAAAUGACAUUUAUUUGA